AUGGCUGUGGAACUAAGGCAGAGGCUCUGCCGGAUGUGCCUGAGACAGCUGGCUCGCCUGAGCUUUGAGAGAAGUGGUGAGUUACAGACAGACAAGGUUGCAAAGGCAUUUCAGUACUUGGAGGCUGCCCUUUCCUUCAUCGAGUAUGGAAUUGCUAUGGAAUCUGAUGCACUGACACCAAAAUCAGCAUACACCAUAUUCACAGACACCAUAGAUCUCCUUAAAUUUAUAAUGACAUUAAAAUCCUUUUCAGAUACCUCGGCAUCUGCACAUGAAAAAAUCUUUGCUGUUUUGUGCAUGCGCUGCCAGUCCAUUCUGCACAUGGCAAUGUUUCGUUACAAAAAAGACACUGCAGUAAAGUAUUCCCGAACCCUCAAUGAACACUUCAAGAAUUCUUCCAGAGUCACGCAAGCACCUUCUCCAUGUGUUGCAAGAAGCACAGGCACACCUUCUCCUCUUUCCCCGAUGCCCUCUCCUGCCAGCUCUGUGAGUUCCCAGCCAGGAUCAAACGCUAGCAACUGUGGCAGUGGAGGCAUUGGUUCUUCAAUCAACACCCUACAUAAUAUCCCAAACAUAACCUUUUCCUACGUCAACAUCACUUCCUAUAUCCUCUAUGCCUAUGAUAUUUGGGAGCAGGCCGAUGCACUGGCCAGGAAGAAUAAGGUGCAGCUUGCCUUAAUGUCACAGCAUAACUUGCUGUACUUGAAGAUGCUGUUUGAAGUUCUCCUGUAUUUAACACUUAUUGCCCUUUCCUGUUGGAUAAAGAACUGGUGGCUGAAAUCCAAAGAUUCUGUGAGACGGGAGCAUUACAACAUGCAGACAUCAGCCCUGCAUCCUAAUGUAAUAGAUGUAGGAUAUUUCAUGAGAUCCUAUUUCAUGUCCAAUACUGACUGGUUUGUGAAUGGCUGUUCAGAGGCAAAGGACGAUAGCACAGGCAGUAUUAAUGUUGCCAACGGUCCAGGCGGAGAGUGA